GAUCCCCAUGUAAUAGUGACUGCUUCAAUGAUAAUCAUUGCUCGUUAAUUUUACGCCUGCAAAGUUUGGUUAAUGAUGGCUGGAUGUUGUAUGUCGGCCGAGGAGAAGGAUAAUCACAGAAUCAAUCAGGAGAUUGACAGGCAGCUGAGACAGGACAAGAAAGACUCGGGCAGUGAACUCAAACUGCUGCUAUUAGGUGCUGGAGAGAGUGGGAAGAGCACCUUCAUUAAACAGAUGAGAAUCAUCCAUGGCGCCGGCUACUCAGAGGAGGACAAGCGAGGCUUCACUAAGCUGGUGUACCAUAACAUCUUUACUGCCAUGCAGUCCAUGAUUCACGCCAUGGAGACCCUCAACAUCCCCUUCUUGGAGGCCCAGAAUAAGGGCUAUGCCAGCAUGUUGAGUGAGGUGGAGGUGGACAUGGUGAAUGAUCUGGAGAGAGGCCAUGUGGACGCCAUUAGGAGCCUGUGGCGGGACGGUGGAGUGCAGGAGUGUUAUGCCCGUCGCAGGGAGUACCAGCUAUCUGACGCCGCAAAAUAUUAUCUGAGUGACCUGGACCGGAUCGCAAAGGCCUCCUACCUUCCCACUGAGCAGGACAUCCUGAGGGUCCGAGUGCCGACUACGGGAAUCAUCGAGUACCACUUUGACAUGGAAGAAGUAAUCUUCAGGAUGGUGGAUGUGGGGGGUCAGCGAUCAGAGAGGAGGAAGUGGAUCCACUGCUUUGAGAACAUCACGUCCAUCAUCUUCUUGGCCGCGCUCAGUGAAUACGACCAGGUGCUGGCUGAAUGUGACCAGAACUGUAUGGAGGAAAGCAAAGCACUCUUUAAGACCAUUAUCACAUACCCCUGGUUCCAGCAAUGUUCUGUCAUCCUAUUCCUUAACAAGACCGACAUCCUAGAGGAGAAGAUCACGCGCUCCCACCUUGUCAACUACUUCCCAGAAUACACUGGGCCGCAGAAUGACCCUAAAGCAGCCAGGGAGUUCAUCCUGAAGAUGUACCAGGCGCAGAACCUAGACAGACAGACUGUUUACUCCCACUUCACCUGUGCCACUGAUACAGAGAACAUCCGCUUUGUCUUUGCUGCUAUCAGAGAGACCAUCAUCAAAAAUCACCUCAAGGACUUCGCCAUUAUUUAGAGGAGAGCCAAGGCUCCUGUGAGGUUAAGAGACAUCUAGCCUGGUCCCAGAUCUGUAGCAUGUGCUCUAGACAACUCCUCUAAUUGUCAUUGACAUGAGUUGGUUAAAGCACAUACAGAUCUAGGAUCAGGCUAAGAGACUUGAGAGUAUAUGUAUAUGUAUAAGGUUGGAAAGUUAGAUUGAUGCGGUAGAAGAAAAUGCUUUGACUGCAAGAUUUGUAGCAUGGUUGGAACCGGUUCAGGGAACAGAACCCGAAAACCGGACAAUAACAUUUUAAGGAACAGAAACAGAACUGGGAAUGAAAGUGAUCAAUACUGUUCCGGAACAGAACCGUUAUUUGAAAAGCAUGGGAAUCAGUUAAUAACGUUAUUUUACGUUCCAGGCAUUUUUGUUCUAGUCUCACAAAACAUAACAAUGCACCUAUGCAAAGCCCUCACUCAGUCACUCAGAAACGUUUUCCAGUGUUUGCCUGCAAGCUGAGAAUCUUUGCCAGUGUGGGUGCGUGCUUAGGCUACCUGCCCCUCCCCCAUCAGAAGCAUAGGAUUCUGUACUGAUGCCACAAACAUGAUUCAGAAGAUGGGGAGAGAAAUUUUUAAUUAGCUAGAGAAGAAUGGAUUAACUUUUUAUAUGCUAGUUAAGGAUGCUAUGUGCAUUGUUGUAACGUUUCACAUAGGAUUUAUUAACUAUAAAAAGUGUUUCAUUCUGCACACUCAAGCUUGUUAGCUAGCUCAAAAGACAUUCAAAGUUCCUCCAUAGAAGCCGCUCCUCCUAGGUAUAAUUCUGUGGACCUAAUUCAGAUAAUGCAUGUCAUAACAAGAUGCCCAGUGCUUCAAACCUCCUCCUCAACACUCUCUCUUCCCAGAGACCCGCAGUUGCAUCUUGGUCCAUAGGCUACACUUAUCUGUCAAUCACGCAUGUAAACAACUAGCUUGUCUGCUCUAUCUGCACUGUUUGUUGAAAUAAUUUAAUGAGACUUGUACAUACAAACCUGUUGAUUUCACAGAUUUAAAAAAGGAACAGAAAGGAAUGAUAUAAACCGUACUUUUUUGGGAUUCGAACUGGUUCAGAACUUUAUUUUGCUGUUUGGAACAUUAGAAUGGAACAAAAAAAAAAGUGUUGUUCCUGUCCAGAAUGAAACGAUUGGAAAAUAAUUUUGGUUCCAACAUGAUUUCUGUCCAGAGUGCUUUUGUUAGGUUGAGCAUCUAUACCAUUUGGUAAUAGUAUCUGAAUAAAAACCAUCAGAUCACUAAAGAGAGAAUCUCCUGUACAUAUAUUUUUGAAAGAAAGAAAAGUCUACUGACUGACGAGGAUGCCAAAGUAUUUUUUUAACGUAAAAUAUAUUUUUCUUGUAUCGUCUUUGUCAUUCUUUUAAAUGGAUGACUUGAAUUGAUUUAUCUUGUGUGGUUAGUAUAGAGGAAGGAGUUAAGUAUAGCACCUUUUGAUUUACAAAAAAAAAAAUAACUGUAAAACUAUGAUCUAUCUACAGGUUUGGGGAGUAACUGAUUACAAUUGGACAGGUAACUACAAAAACUAACUAAUCAGUUACGUUAGUUAACAGCUAAAAUAAUGUAAUCAGAUUAGAUACUUUUGAAAAACUAAAAGACUACUUCUUGGAUCACCUAAAAAUUUAAGAGGUGCAAGAUUAAGUUUGUUCCACCUGAGCGAGCCUGACCACAAGUAAGAGAACACUAUGACACACCAAAUGCAUUUGAUGGAUACUUUUUGUCUUCUUCUAAGGCCUUUUAAGGGGACAAUAAUUAAAAAGUAUCUGAAAGUAAUCAGAUUAUGUUACUGAGUUUGGGUAGUCCAUAAUUUAAAAAACGGAUUACAAUUUUGGACAGGUAACUAAUAACUGUAAUGGAUAAAAUUUAAAAAGCAACCUACCUAACCCUAUCUAACACUCCUCAGGGAGCACUAGUGUGAUGAGAGUGCAAGUGGAAUUGUGAAUUCAUUAUUUGGCCAAGUCUUUUACUUGUUUAAAUGUGAGAAAAGCAACACUUGGCUGAAAAAAUGCAAUUUGUUUUGGUUUUCAUACAGAUACUCUAUUUAUAUAUUAUUUCAAUACAUCACCAUAUAUCUAAACAGUGAAGCAAGAGUGCAUGUUUUAGCCAAGUAAUCUGUCCAAAGUGCCUUGCGAGAAGAAUAACAUAGGGACAUUUACCUGAGACUUUAAUUCAUUUAGGAGCAAAUCCUUCCACUUAAAUAAAAAUUUCAGCAGUGAGGAUUCACCCCUAAGUGUAUAUUUAUUCUAACAAUAAUAGAUUUUUGGUCAUGAAAGAAUUCUGUUCAUAAAUUGUUGUGACUAUUUUCUUAUUCAUUAUGUGCAUCUGUUAUUUUCUACAUUGUUUCUUUCAAAAAUAAAUUCAAGAUACAUUUGUUACGUUUCAAUAAAUUGUUACAGUAGUUAAA